AUGAUCGAGCUGCUGAAGCGUUGGCUGCGAGCGCACGCAGUGAACCGCAACCUCGAGGAGGACGACGUGGCAAGGAUCAGCAACCUGCUCCGAGACCUCCUGAACCACUCGGACUUGUUCCCCUCGCACAACGCCAGGAGCUUCAUGCGCACCGUGGCGGACGUGUACGACCACCUGCAGCGGCAGCUCCGCGACGUCCUGGAGCACGACCGCACCUGCGCCGAGCUGGCGACCCGCGUGCUGUCGCUUUCCAGGAACCUCGUCUCCGACGCCGUCGCCUUCCUCAUCCUGGGCCCGACGGACCUCACCCAGACGGACACCAGGAGGGAGGAAUGGCUGCCGUCGCUGGAGGUGGUCUCGCUCUGGGCUUCGAUCACCCCAGAGGGUACUCCCCUGCCAGCAGCGGACGAGGCCCAGCAGAACGCUAUGCGGGAGGCGUGGGGCACCUACUGCGGGGCUCUGAUGAAGGACGUCCUCAGCACGCCCUGGACCAUCCGCGUGUUCCACGGUACUACUGAGGACGAUCUGGUAGCCAAGAUGAGAGCCGGCAUGAUCAAGGACGGAGCGAAGCCCGCCGACGGCAAGCCGACGCGCCACCCAGCGGAUUCAAUGCGGGAGCACAUGUCGGCUGCGGAUCCAAUCUGGAUUGUGUCUGGUUCCAGUUGCCCCAGCCUCCCCUCGGCCAUCCCCCCCGUCUCUGAACUCCUGAAGAUCGCGUGGGUCGCGGCCGAGUUCGACAAGGGGAACUUCAACCACAGUGGCCUGGCUGGCCCUUUCAGGCAGCGUGGGCACCAGCCGGAGCUGGCGCGGCUGAACUACCUCUACGCGGUGCAGGGCCUCUUCGACCUUCUGUACCUGCUGAGCGAGGUUCUGACCCAGUUCCAUCGCAUCAGCGAUGGCCUCGGAGACUAUGGGCUGAUCCGCAUCGCGCCCUGGCUGCACCCCUGCCUCGACUCGAUGGUGGAGAAGGUCCAGGCGCUCAAGGGCUGCCUCGAGGUGCUGAACGAGGCGGUGGACACCGAGCUCGUCCUCGCCAAGGCGCGGGGCGUGCGGGUGAAGAAGCCGCGCCCGAGCGAGCUCAUGAGCGCCCGCGCCCACUCCGCGAUACAGCGGGCCAUCGCGAGCCGGGAGAGCCACGUGCAGGUGCUGCUGGUGGCCCUAAAGGAACUCCGCGAGCGGUCGUCGCCCGAGCGCAUGCCCCACGUCCAGGAGGGCCUGGGCUCGGCCUGCCUGCAGCUGCAGGGCGUGCUGGAGUCGGCGCAGUUCCGGCAGUGCGUGGGCGACGUCGUGGAGAAGUUCCCUCCGCUGCGGGACAUGGGCGCGCCGAUGCAGGAGGCGUUCCCGGCCCUGCUGGCAGCCGGUGGCCUCGGGUCCGGCUCGUUCAGCUCGGACGAGGACGACGAGGAGGACGCGGACCUCGGGGGCGGGGCCGAGCAGGCCGACGCCCAGGCGCCGCCGCGGGGCGUCGCGCGGGCGAGGACGCUGCCCGCGCCACCGCCCGCCCUCGCGGCCCCAGCCGGGGCGCGCAGGGAGCGCUCCCAGGACGCCCAGCGCCGCUCGCGGCGAGAGCCUGGAGCGGGCGGGGCCGGCCAGGAGAGCAGGAGCGAGCCCGCCGACGACCGCCCCGUGCGCGCCAUCAGCAUGGACCAACUCGAGCCCCCCAGCCCCGCGGCGGGCGGCAACCCCUUCGACUCGGUGGAGGCUUAA